CUCCCGCAUGAGUUCUCUCGCGCCGUGCCCAUACUCCUCCCCUGCCGCUUCCUUCCCGUUAUAACCCGGCCGGUAGAGAUGCACGGCGUCGUCUCGGUAGCCUAGCUCACACCCAGUCAUCCACGGUGCACGGCGCAGCAGCAGCCGUCGUCUUCGUCGUCACCUUGCCAGCGCUUCGCUCCCUGUCGCCGUCCUCCGAUGCAUCACCCUUCGCACAUCUUCAGCUGCAGGGCGGAGCAGGGCGCGGGUGGAUACCACCACGUCGGGGACGGCGCCCUCCCUCUCCCUCCCGACCUCCCGCGCAGCCCCAACCCCAGCUCCAAGUCCUCCAGCAACCUCACCGUCGCCACCUUCGUCCAGCCGCACGCCGCCGCGUAUGGAGGAGUAGCGGCUUCUCUGGGCAUGGUGGCGCCGGGGAUGGCAACGGACGCCGGCCGGUUCUGCCUGCCGUGGGCGGCGGCCGCGGCCGCGGCGCAGUUCGAGAACUGGGGCGACUCUGGCAUCGUCGUCACGAGCCCGCUCACCGACACGGCCUCCACCGACGUCGACGACAGCGGCGACAAGCACCAGGCCCAAAUGGGUGGAGCCAUCACGCAGCGUGUCGCCGGAUAUGAGGAUUCGUUGGCGGCGUCCAAGGAACGACCAGGGGAUCAAAAGGCGCAGAGGAGGCUUGCGCAGAACCGCGAGGCAGCCCGGAAAAGCCGGAUGAGGAAGAAGGCAUACAUUGAGCAGUUGGAGAGCAGCCGGUCCAAGCUGGCGCAUCUUGAGCAAGAGCUGCGGAGGGCAAGGCAGCAGGGGAUGUUCAUUGCAAGUGGAUGCUCAGGCGAUCACCGAUACUCGACUGGAGGUGUAUUGGCGUUCGAUCUGGAGUACGCUCGGUGGCUUGAUGACCACCAGCGUCUCAUCAACGACCUCCGGAUGGCCACGAACGCGCAGAUCGGUGACGACGACCUGUGCGUCCUGGUGGACGCCGUGAUAGUGCACUACGACCAGGUGUUCCGGCUGAAGAGCCUGGCGACGAAGACGGAUGUGUUCCACGUCCUGUCGGGCAUGUGGCUGAGCCCCGGCGAGCGGUUGUUCAUGUGGCUGGGCGGGUUCCGGUCGUCGGAGCUGCUCAAGGUCGUGGCGAGCCACCUGGAGCCGCUGACGGAUCAUCAGCUGGUCGGCAUCUGCAACCUGCAGCAGUCGUCGCAGCAGGCCGAGGACGCGCUGUCGCAGGGGAUGGAGGCCCUGCAGCAGACGCUUGCGGAGACGCUUAGUUCCGCCGCCACGGCGGUCGGGCCUUCGUCGCCUGCGGACAACAUCACCAACUACAUGGGCCAGAUGGCCAUGGCGAUGGCCAAGCUCGCCACGCUCGAGAACUUCCUCCGUCAGGCAGACCUGCUGCGGCAGCAGACGCUGCAGCAGAUGCACCGGACCCUGACCACCCGGCAGACGGCGCGCGCGCUGCUUGUCAUCAGCGACUACUUCUCGCGGCUCCGGGCGUUGAGCUCCCUGUGGCUGACGAGGCCGAGGGAUUGACUAUUUCACGUGCGUGAGACCUCAGUCUCACCCUGGGCGAGAACAUGUGGAUUUCUGUGAUUGAGAGCUGCAUUUCAUUGUGCAGUCACGGAUACUGUUGUCCUUGCCAACUGAAGUUCAGCAACUACUAGUCUAGUGUAACCGUAGGAAGUUCAGAGUCAGAACUCGUGCGAAUGGAGAUUUUGUAUAUCCCUUCGAAAUUCUACCGUGUCGAUCCACCGUGCAAGAAUGAUAGUA